AUGGUACUAAAGUGUUGUGUGCCAAUGUGCAGGGGAAAUUAUGACAGUGAGAAUAAGAGACACAUAUUUAAGUUUCCAAAAGAUACGGAAUUAAUUGAAAAAUGGGUUUUUUCCAUACCUAGAGAAAAUUUUGUGCCUUCAAAAUAUUCAGCAGUUUGCCAUAUUCAUUUUAAAAUGGGUGAUAUUUUGUGGAAAACGAGCGAAUUUGAUGGGAAAUCUGGACAAAUGCUAACUGUCAACUUAUUGAAGCCUCGUUUGUCUGCUACAGCAGUUCCAUCAGUUUUUCCCAAUUGUCCAUUUUAUUUGUCCCGUAGUCAGUUAAACACCAACAGGGAUUCUCCAGAGAAUAAAAAAAAGAAAUUAGAAGCCUCAGCUUUACAAAGGGCUUUAGAACAAAGCACAUCUGAUCAUGCAGAAUAUAUAGAAAAAUAUUCAGUUACGUGUUUGAGUGACUUUAAGUUAAAAAUAAACCUUUUAAAUCUUAAUGAGGACUGGAGUGUUAUAAAAAAAUCUAGUUGUGUUGUUAUUUUAUACACCGAUUUGAAAAUAAUGAGCAAAUAUUUUUAA